AUGUAAAAAUAAUGUUAUUGUGAAUAACAUAACAUCUUAGAUAGUUUUAUUUGUUAUGUUUGUCAUAAGAAUCAUCAUUGGCAAUGUUAUGAUUAUCAAAUAACAGAUAAAUAACCAUAAUAACUUAGAUGUCUUUAAUGUUCUUUAACUGCAAAUAAUCCAUUGAUGUAAUUUGAAGUAAAUUUUCACUAAAAAUAUUAGACGUUCAUUAAGUUAAACAAUAAAUUUAAUGUUGCUAUAAUUAAGAAACCUACUUAAUUACUAGAGAAAGUAUUCUCAUUUGAAGUGAAUCAAUAUUAUGAAGAACUUAAGAAAAAAUCUAUAAUCCUUGCAAUAUUUUGUACUAAAACAAAAGAACCAAAAAAAUUGUAUGAAUGGCCAAGUAAAAAUGUAUAUGUUGAAUUAAACAAUUAACAUCAUAUUGCAUAUCAUUUAAAUGAUUAUGGAUAUAUGUAUAUCUAAUUAUAAAAUAUUAUAAUUUUAGACCAUCAACUUGUUUAUAAUGGGGAGUAAAUACAUUAAAAGUAAAAAUUGGUGAAGAUGUAGAAUGUAAUUCUUUACUUGGUAUUGUAUUGGUUAAAAGUAUUAAAAUAUCAGAAUUAAAGAGUAAAUUAUUAGAUGUUGGAAGAGAGAAAAUAAUAGACUCAAUUAUUACUUAAUAAAAGUAAUAAUAUUAAGAUAAGAUUAAGUCAUUAUCAUGUAUUAUAUUAAUUUAAAUUUUAGUAAUUGAUGAUACUCUAUAGGAUACAUUGUUUUCAGUAAAAUUAAUAGAUGGAAUUACUAUGUAAUAAUUAGAAAUUCCAGUAAGAGGAAAAUAAUGUUAACAUUUUGAUUGUUUUGAAUUGAAUGCUUAUUUAACAAUUAAUGAAAAACCAAAUGAAAAUAGAUGGAAAUGUCCAAUAUGUAAUUAACUUGUUCCAUAUGACUAAUUAUAAGUAGAUUAUGUAUUGGUUGAUAUUUUACAUGAAAUCAAAUGUGAUCAUCCAAAAAUAUUUCAUAAAUUAUAAAGAGUUUAAUUAAAUCAAUAUUUGGAAUAUAAGAUUGAUGAAAAGUACAUUGAAGAGGAAGUAUAGAUUAAGAGAUAUUUAAUGAAUACUUAAGCUUUAUCAUAAACUGUUAAAAUUAAUAAUGUGAUUUUGGAAAAGGCAGCUGAUUCUGUAGUUAAAUUUAUAUAAGAAUUUCAAAGGAAAGACAAUUAUUCAAGUUCUCUUAUAACAUUUAAAUCUGCUAGAAAGUUAUUACAAAAAUUUCAUAAAAAAGAAUUAUUUAAAAAUUUAGAAAAUAAUUAAAUAUAAUUAUCUAAAUUUUUUAUUGAUAUGUUUGAUUUAUCUAAUUACUACAAAACCUUUAUUUUUGAAGAAUAAAUAGAAUUAUAAUAUUAUGAAUCAUUGUAAGAUUUUGAAUUAAUUUGUAAAACUAUCUAUUAAUAAACUGUAAGUGGAUUAUUUAUUUAUUUUAUUAAAUUAUUUCAUCCUACAGUAUAAAGAAUGACUCAAUCAAUGGCUAUAUUAUGUACUUAAUUAAAUGUUAAACCUGCCUUAAUUCAUUCUAAAAAGAUGCUUGAACUUAUUUUAGCAACUACUUAUGAUAAAUAAUAAAAAACAUCUUUAGGAUACAAUUUUAAAUAAAUAUGUUGUAUGAGUAAAAUGAAAAGAGAUGAAUAUUACAAUAAUGUUUUGUAUUUAUCAUAAAUGUUAAGUUUUGUAUUUUAUAAUACUGAAACUAGUAGUUUCUUUAUUGUAAGGAAUUGUAUAAAUUUAAGCAAUAUUUUUGAUUUAUUUUAUUUUUAAGAUAAAGGAAAAGAAGAUAAUUAGAUGGAUGAUUAUUAAUUAACUAUAAAAUUGAUUAAAGAAGUUUAUAGUUUGAAAAUUAUUAAGGAGAAUCCAAAUAUAUUAGAUAUAUUAAGACUUAUUUUAUAUUUAUUAAAUAAAAGUAAAUAUUAUAAUAAAUAAUAAUAGGAGAUCGCAAAUUUGAAAACAUUUUAGAUUCAUUCAAAGAAUAUAAUUUAGGAGAUGUAAAGAAUAAAUUUAAAAAUAUGGAAUUUAAUGGAGAAUACUAUUAUUUAUGA